CCAUAACUAUAACUAAAUAAAUAAAUAAACAACCUCCCCAAAUUACAAUCGUCCGUCUCCAAACCCCGCAGCUUCCUCCCAAUCCCCGAUGGGGUCUCCGUCUUCUUCUUCCCCCAAAAGUUCGCCCUUUUCGGAUUAGGGUUAGGGUUAGGGUUUCGAACCCUCUGAGGAGCUCUUUUCCUCGCCUCCUCCCCCGAUUAUUUCCUAAUUCAGUUGGGAUUACGGUUCGAGCUCUUUGGUAUUUGUAGGGUAGAAAUUAGGGUUUAUUUCGAUCUUCGGGACGUUGGAGAUCGGGAGCAUGUCGAUGCACGAGAGGAAGACGAUCGAUUUGGAGCAGGGAUGGGAGUUCAUGCAGAAGGGGAUCACCAAGCUGAAGAACAUCCUGGAGGGUCUCCCCGAGAAGCAGUUUAGCCCCGAGGACUACAUGAUGCUCUACACGACUAUCUACAAUAUGUGCACUCAGAAGCCCCCUCAUGAUUACUCGCAACAGCUAUACGACAAGUAUCGGGAGUCGUUUGAGGAGUACAUCACUUCGACAGUGUUGCCAUCUUUGAUGGAGAAACACGAUGAGUUUAUGCUGAGGGAACUAGUCAAAAGAUGGUCAAAUCACAAAGUCAUGGUCAGAUGGCUCUCACGUUUUUUCCACUACCUUGAUCGCUACUUUGUUACUCGAAGGUCACUCCCUCCGCUUAGUGAAGUUGGGCUUACUUGCUUCCGCGAUCUGGUUUAUCAGGAGAUUUAUUUUAAAGUAAGAGAUGCUGUGAUCUCAUUGAUUGAUCAAGAACGUGAGGGGGAGCAGGUUGAUAGAGCUUUGCUCAAGAAUGUAUUAGACAUUUUUGUUGAAAUUGGGUUGGGUAAGAUGGACUAUUACGAGAAUGACUUCGAAGCAGACAUGCUUAAAGACACUGCAGCUUAUUAUUCUCGGAAAGCUUCAAGCUGGAUUUCAGAGGACUCCUGUCCAGAUUAUAUGCUGAAGGCUGAGGAGUGUUUGAAACGGGAGAAAGACAGAGUUUCGCAUUACUUGCAUUCCAGUAGUGAACCAAAGCUUUUGGAGAAAGUGCAAAAUGAGUUACUCUCUGUAUAUGCAACCCAACUUCUUGAGAAAGAGCAUUCCGGAUGUCAUGCAUUGCUCCAGGAUGAUAAGGUGGAUGAUUUGUCGAGGAUGUACAGACUCUUUUCUAAAAUAAAUCGUGGUCUGGACCCAAUUGCUCAGAUAUUUAAGCAGCAUGUUACCGCGGAAGGUACAGCUUUGGUCAAACAAGCAGAAGAUGCCGCAAGUAAUAAGAAGGCUGAGAAAAAAGAUUUAGUUGGUUUACAAGAACAGGUCUUUGUUAGAAAAAUCAUUGAGCUUCAUGACAAGUAUUUGGCAUAUGUAAAUGAUUGCUUCCAGAACCACUCUCUAUUUCAUAAGGCACUAAAAGAGGCUUUUGAGGUCUUCUGCAACAAGGGAGUUGCAGGAAGUGCAAGUGCUGAACUUCUAGCUACCUUCUGUGACAAUAUACUUAAAAAAGGUGGAAGCGAGAAGUUGAGUGAUGAAGCUAUCGAGGAGACCCUUGAGAAAGUUGUGAAGCUGCUUGCAUAUAUUAGCGAUAAGGAUCUUUUUGCUGAGUUCUACAGGAAGAAACUUCUUGAGAUAGAGCAUUCCGGAUGUCAUGCGUUGCUCCAGGAUGACAAGGUGGAUGAUUUGUCGAGGAUGUACAGACUCUUUUCUAAAAUAAAUCGUGGUCUGGACCCAAUUGCUCAGAUAGUUAAGCAGGUUGCUCAGAUUUUUAAGCAGCAUGUUACCGCGGAAGGUACAGCUUUGGUCAAACAAGCAGAAGAUGCCGCAAAUAAUAAGAAGGCUGAGAAAAAAGAUUUAGUUGGUUUACAAGAACAGGUUUUUGUUAGAAAAAUCAUUGAGCUUCAUGACAAGUAUUUGGCAUAUGUAAAUAACUGCUUCCAGAACCACUCGCUCUUUCAUAAGGCAGUAAAGGAGGCUUUUGAGGUCUUCUGCAACAAGGGAGUUGCAGGUAGUGCAAGUGCUGAACUUCUAGCUACCUUCUGUGACAAUAUACUUAAAAAAGGUGGAAGCGAGAAAUUGAGUGAUGAAGCUAUCGAGGAGACCCUUGAGAAAGUUGUGAAGCUGCUUUCAUAUAUUAGCGAUAAGGAUCUUUUUGCUGAGUUUUACAGGAAGAAACUUGCCCGAAGGUUGCUAUUUGAUAAAAGUCCUAAUGAUGACCAUGAGCGUAGUAUUUUGACAAAGCUAAAGCAGCAGUGCGGAGGGCAAUUUACCUCAAAAAUGGAGGGCAUGGUAACUGAUUUAACUCUUGCAAGAGAAAACCAAUCAAGCUUUGAAGAAUAUCUAAAUAGCAAUCCUCUGGCAAGUCCUGGAAUUGACCUUACAGCGACUGUUUUAACGACUGGGUUUUGGCCUAGUUAUAAAUCCUUUGAUCUUAAUCUCCCUGCCGAGAUGGUUAAAUGUGUCGAAGUUUUUAAGGAGUUCUAUCAGACAAAAACCAAGCAUCGGAAGCUUACAUGGAUAUAUUCAUUGGGUACCUGUAAUAUCAAUGGCAAGUUUGAACCUAAAACAAUAGAGCUGAUUGUAACAACCUAUCAGGCUGCUGCUCUGCUACUAUUUAAUGCUUCCGACCGAUUAAGUUACUCGGAGAUCAUGUCACAGUUGAAUUUGUCAGAUGAUGACGUCAUCAGUUUGCUCCACUCCCUUUCAUGCGCAAAAUACAAGAUCCUCAACAAAGAGCCAAAUACGAAAAAUAUAUCUCCCACUGAUUAUUUCGAGUUCAAUUCCAAGUUCACAGAUAAAAUGAGAAGGAUCAAGAUUCCUCUUCCUCCCGUGGAUGAGAAAAAGAAAGUUAUUGAAGAUGUUGACAAAGACAGAAGAUAUGCAAUUGAUGCUUCAAUAGUGCGCAUAAUGAAGAGUAGAAAGGUUUUAGGUCAUCAGCAACUUGUGAUGGAAUGCGUUGAGCAGCUCAGCCGCAUGUUUAAGCCCGACUUCAAGGCAAUAAAGAAGAGGAUCGAAGACUUGAUCUCUAGAGACUAUUUAGAGAGGGACAAGGACAAUCCGAACACGUUCAGAUACUUAGCCUGAUUAAUACUUGGAAAAUGUUCUUUCAUCAUCUCUCUACAAAGCCGCCAACAAUAAUGCAGAAGCACCCGUUCUGGCGGUAAACUCAUCACUUAAAAUUUCUUGUGCUGCUUGAGAGUUUGAUAUACUUUUACAUCGACCCAUGAGCCUUGUUGUACCCAGAGGAAUUCUACACUGUCAUACUUGCACCACGUCAUCAAUAACAAGCCAAUCACAUUCCUUCUUUUCAAACAAAAGUACAAUAAAAAUACUUUUUUACAAUCAUGAUGGGACAUAUAUUCUUAAAAGGAUUAAUUUGAUUGGUUUGUUACGCCACGUCACUAAUAUACCCGUUGCAUUCUAGAAUUUUUCGUUGUACCCAUCACCUACUAUUAGGUGUCACUGCCAAUAAUUGUAGGUAUCUUUCGCUGCUAACUACAGGAAAAGUGUCUUUAGAUCCUGUUUACCUACUCUUCUGCUUUUGUUAUGAACUUUAGUGACCUCCAGUUACUUGUGAGCGUAAAAAAAAAAGAAAAGAAAAGCUGGGAGUUUCUGCUGCUGUGAGAAUCUUAAACGAAUUGUGGACAAGCUAUUGUUGAAAUUUUAGUGAAGUGCUUUUAGAAGCAAUAUAAAUACUACUGCUUCGACCAGCUCUGUCCGGUACAGUAGGGCCGAGCAGGCCCCAUGGAUUGUCCGUCGGGGAUUUCCGAGAAAAUACUGCUUGAAUAUUAGAUGUUUGAAAGGAUGCUGAUUGCUCUUUUAUUA